CUGAACUGUGUUGUGGGUAUCGAAAGUUGGAAGAAAAAACGAAAUAACCGUCGUGUGCCCUGGCAAUACUCCUAACAUUUGAACAGCCCCAAAAAAAAACGAGUUUUUAAAGCCUUAGUUUUGUUUCUUUCGGAUUUUAUGUCAACAAACUAAACAACAACGGCCUAAGAUUUGUGCGAUAUCUGGCGUUAUUAAUAAAUAUAAAACGCUUUAAUUUGCAUAAUAAAAUAAAAUUUGUGAAUAAAUGAAUUUGAAAUAAGUUUUGUUUUGAAAGAAAAAAACCAAAUCCAAUAUUGAGAAAAAUCAAACAAAACAAAACAAAAAGAAGAGGAAUAUUAAGUGUAACAAAAUUAAAGCAAAACAUAAAUAAAAAUUAGGAAAAAUUUAAUUGGUGACAGUUGUGGGAUUAUAAAAAAUUCAUAAGAAAAAAAUUUGAAAAAAGGCCAAGUUGCCAAGUUUAAAAACUGAAAAAGAAAAAAGCUAAUAAAAAAGAAUAAUAACGUAAAUCAUCUUACCUAUGACAUAUUGAAAACGCAUGAAAUAACGAAUAAAACAACCUAUGAAAUUCGUUAUAUUACAAAAACAACAUACAGUGAUAAGUGUUGAAAUGUGUAUGUGUUAGUGCAUUUACCUUCAACAUUCUAUACAUGGAUUAUCUCUUACUCUAACGGAUACUUGACAUUCAUUUAUCAUCGCUAUCAGCUGUCAUAUUAACUGCCAGCAGUUAUUCUAGCUCCAGUUGCCUACAAGCUGCCCCUUUUCCACAUAAAUUUCCACUUAACUUUUGGGAUCAACACAAAAUGUUGCAGAUUUACGGAUAACAAAUAAUUCAAUCAAAAGAUUUUCUUCAGUUUCAACUAGACUCCUCUUUAAGGCUACGUCUAGUACUCUUAACAUCCAUCUAAACGGAGCGAAACAAACACUUCAACUCAAAAUGAAUUCCGCUUUGCUCUCUUGGCCGCUGCUACUCUCUUUGCUCCUGCUGAUGUGUGGUGUAAAGGGUAAAACUUCCAACCUUUUUACCCAUUUCCAAAAUCAACGUUUUGCCAUGGAACCCCAGGAUCAAACGGCGGUGGUGGGUGCCCGUGUUACCUUACCCUGUAGGGUGAUCAACAAACAGGGUGUCUUGCAAUGGACCAAAGACGAUUUUGGCCUGGGCACCUCCCGAGAUUUGGCGGGUUUUGAGCGCUACGGCAUGAUAGGCAGCGAUGAAGAGGGAGACUACUCUCUGGAGAUCUAUCCCGUCAUGUUGGAUGACGAUGCCCGCUAUCAGUGCCAAGUUAGUCCCGGCCCUGAGGGACAACCUGCAGUGCGUUCCUCAUUUGCCAAAAUCACAGUUCUGGUGCCACCCGAGGCACCCAAAAUCUCCCAAGGUGAAGUUAUUCACACCACCGAAGAUCGUAAGGUGGACAUUGAAUGUUUGUCGGUGGGUGGCAAGCCCGCAGCUGAGAUCACCUGGAUUGAUGGUUUCGGCAAUGUACUAACCGAUAACAUUGAAUACACCAUUAUACCCAUGCCUGAUUUAAGGAGAUUUACUGCCAAAUCAGUUUUGAGACUCACCCCCAAGAAAGAGCAUCAUAACACCACUUUCACCUGCCAGGCACAAAAUACCGCUGAUCGCACAUAUCGUUCGGCUAAGAUACGCAUCGAUGUUAAGUACGCUCCCAAAGUCACAGUUAAUGUCAUUGGCGGUGCUGUGGGCAAUGGUCGCAUACUCGAGCAUUCCCAAGUGCGUUUGGAGUGUAAAUCGGAGGCCAACCCCAGUGAUGUGCGUUACAAAUGGUACAUCAAUGAUGAGCCGAUUAGUGGCGGCCAAAAGACCGAAAUGGUGAUAAGAAAUGUAACCAGAAAAUUUCAUGAUGCCAUUGUCAAGUGUGAGGUGCAGAACUCCAUAGGCAAGAGUGAGGACAGUGAAACGCUGGACAUAAGCUAUGGUCCUUCUUUCAAAGAAAAACCUCGUUCCAUUGAGUCCGACAUAGGCAGCAUUGUUACUUUAAAUUGUGAAGUUGAUGGCAAUCCUACUCCUGAUAUUGUAUGGAUUCAACAUCCCAUUGAUAGGGUUGUUGGUUCAAGUUCAAAUCUUACCUUCAGUGUUACCAAUGAAACUGCCGGCCGUUAUUAUUGCAAAGCAAAUGUCCCUGGUUAUCCUGAAAUUUCAGCAGAUGCCUAUGUUUAUUUGAAAGGUUCACCCAUUAUCUCCUCGGCUCGAACGCAAUACGGUCUAAUGGGAGAUACGGCACGCAUUGAAUGUUUUGCCACCUCAGUGCCCAGGGCAAGACAUGUUUCGUGGACAUUCAAUGGUCAUGAGAUUAGUUCGGAAAUGGGCCAUGACUAUUCCAUACUUGUCGAUGCCGUUCCUGGGGGUGUAAAAUCCACUCUGAUAAUACGUGACAGCCAAUCGUACCAUUAUGGCAAAUAUAAUUGUACUGUAGUCAAUGACUAUGGCAAUGAUGUGGCGGAAAUUAAUCUGCAGGCUCAAAAAAGUGUCCCUCUGCUAAUGACCAUUGUUGGUGGCAUUUCGGCGGUGGCUCUACUCAUGAUCAUAACCAUUCUGGUCAUUGUGUAUUUUAAGUGUAAAAAACGUUCCAAACUACCCCCCGCCGAUGUCAUCAGUGAACACCAAAUAACCAAAAAUGGUGGUGUGGGAUCGUGCAAAAUGGAAGCUGGUGAUCGCACCUCAAACUAUAGUGAUCUCAAGGUGGAUAUCUCAGGUGGCUAUGUACCCUAUGGUGAUUAUACCACUCAUUAUAGUCCACCACCCCAAUACUUAACCACCUGCUCAACCAAAUCGAAUGGUAGUUCGACAAUAAUACAAAAUAAUCAUCAAAACCAUUUGCAACAGCAGAUUCAGCAGCAACAACAGCAGCAAACACUGCCGAUGACAUUCCUUACGAAUGUCACCGGUAGCAGUCUGGCUGGCAGCAUUAUAGGUUCGCGAGAUAUACGCCAGGACAAUGGUCUUCCCAGUUUACAGUCGACCACCGCAUCGGUGGUGAGUUCAUCGCCCAAUGGCAGCUGUAGCAAUCAGAGUACAUCUACGCAUGUGGUGACGGCACCAGCGACGGCAUCUGCAGUGGAUCCCCGAUUUAGUGCCAUCUAUGGUAAUCCCUAUUUGCGGACAUCGAAUGCGUCUCUCUUGCCACCACCCACAGCAGUGUAAAGAGCGCAGUGGAUGGCAUAGGCUUUAUUAAGAUUAAAGAUGAAAUUGAUAAGAUAGAAGAACAAAGACUGAAAUUGUACAUAGUAAAUCAACGAUAAUUAAUGGCAAUUUGAAAGGUAAUUUCACCAUAUGGUGGGUU